UUAACAUUCAUCUCACCCCAUUCUCUGUCACUCCAUGGGCCUUCCUCAGGCCAUCACCCCCUGGCUAUGUAUUUCUGGGCUGAAGAAAUCAGUAUGAAUGCUGGAUUGCUUCUGGCAGUUCCUCUCUCAGCCUCUCAGCACCAUGAUAUGACGAAUGGCUACAGGAAUUUCCCUUCAUUUCUGUUCCCACUGCUUCCACAAAGCAGCACUGCUUUUGCCAGACUGAUCCUACACACAUGCAAAUGAUUUGGUUUUAAUUUGUUCCAGGCACUUCCCUUCUUCUGCAAACCCUCUGCAUGCCUGUGUUGAUGCAAAGCCAGGCCUUGCAACAGCCCCUCCUCUUUCCUUCCUCUUGCUUCUCAAGUGGCACACUGCACCCACGUAAACAGAAAAAAAAAUAUCCCUCUUGUAAUUCCCCCUGGACAGAGGUGGGCUCUGCUCUGCCUCCAGAUUGCUUUCUUAGAUUACAAAGUCUGCAGGUGGAUAAAGUAUGGCAUCAGAGAUAGGUACAAUUGGUGAAUUCGGUCAAAAAUUAGCAGGGAUCUCAUUUGUUUUUCGUUCUCCCGUGGAGCUACUAACAUACAAACGCAUUAUGAAAUGUGAGUAAAUUCCUGCAUGGCUCAAAGCAAUGGCUGCUGCACACCCAUUGCCAGAACCCAUGACAGCCUGGUCUUUGCCUGACUGCUCUGUGGGACAACUCCCUGAUGAGUCCAAACUUCACACAAUAAAAUCAGUCACCUCUGAGCUGACCUGGCUCACGAAAAGCCCUGACACAGAUGGGGCUGAAGAGGCUCUGGAUGGGUCCCACCACACCUACACCCUCCCAUUUGCAGAUCCAGUGGUCCCUAUGGGACAUAACAGUCCUGCAGGAGGGCUGACACCAGCCUCCCCUGACACGGUGCAGCACUGAAUGUACACAAAGCUUGUCCUGGAUCCUUUCUCAUUUUGCUUUCUUUUCCCCUUGCAGAGUGGAAAGGCCCAAGCCUGAGCCAUCCCACUGUCUGUAUAUAUACAUGCAAAGGUGUCCCUGCAGCAUCCGAGCAGCAGUGGAGAGAAUUAAAAAAUCUGAAACCGAACAAGGAAAUAUUGUAAGCACAGAUACAUUCUUGUCCUCUUGCACUGCUGAGAUAAAGUCACAAGCUGGCCAAGAAAUGGCAUUAUGGCACAGGUUCCACCUUUUGCUGGAGUUUCCCUCUUACACUUGGGGAUUGCAAGGGCGUCAGUGUUCUGCUAUGGCCAAGCAUGUGUUCCUCCAUCUAACUUCCCAUCUCAACCCACACUUGGGGGUGAAACAACCUCCAAUUUAUACACCUCAGUUUUCUCCACCCACACAUUGCCCUCCCUCUGAAACAUUUGUCUUUUACAACUCAAGACUUCCAAAUUCCUGUUUAGCCCCAAAACUGCUUUCUUGAAAUAACAGAUAGGAAACAUGCUGUCAUUUGGUGCUUCUUGGGGCAAAUGCCUCCCUUUUGAGCUCAGGUGCUGAAUGUUUGAGGUGCUGGUGGUCAUUGAGGCUUACUUGCUGCCACAUUCAGGUAUAUGUGGAAGAUGUUUUUGUACCUGUCUGUGAAAAACACGAGGCUGGAUGCCCUAAUCUGUGUGUAAUUAAACUUGACUAACCUACAGCUAUUAGAGAUCAGAGGUUGCACCAGUUUCUGCAGCUGUUCUGCUGAGUAAUGCUAGAUAGAGACCACAUAGGUUUGAAAGGCCCUGCUCAAGUAGCAGCAGACUCUCACAGACAACACGGAGGUGGAGUGCUCCCAGCUGAAAAAGAAAGCUCCCAGGCUAUCCAGCCCUCAAUCCUGCCAUGGCCACAGAAGCCACCAGCUUCAAGAAAUGCCUCCAGCUUCUUGCUUUCCAUGUGGCUCUGGUAGCACCUGUCUUCUGUGGGAAUGUGCUGGUCUGGCCAACGGAGGGCAGCCACUGGCUAAACGUGAAGAUGGUUAUUCAGGAGCUCAUCCGCCGUGGGCACAGCGUUACCAUCCUGGUGUCCAAUGCUUCCCUCUUCAUUCAGCCAAAGGCUGAGACCACCGAGAAGUUUGAGGUCUAUAACGUGCCCUUCAAGAAAGACACCAUUGCAAACCUGAUUGAAGACAUCAUGACGUUAUGGCUGAACAACAGGCCAACAGCUUCGACCUUCUGGCAGUUUUACAAGGAGCUGGGGAAACUGUCCAAAAGCUGGCACCAGGUCAACAGGCAGAUGUGCGAUGCAGUGCUGACCAACCAGGAGCUGAUGGCCCAUCUGCAGGGCUCUGGCUACGACCUGCUGCUGUCAGACCCAGUGACUCCAUGCGGGGACCUCGUAGCUCUCAAGCUGGCACUGCCUUUUGUGUACUCCCUGCGCUUCUCUCCAGCCUCGACUGUUGAGAGGCACUGUGGCAAGAUCCCAGCCCCACCAUCCUACACACCUGCGGCCCUGUCUGAGCUCACUGACCACAUGUCCUUUGGCGAGAGAAUUAAAAAUAUCCUGUCUUAUCACUUGCAAGACUACAUUUUCCAGAGCUACUGGGGAGAAUGGGACAUCUACUACAGCAAGAUCUUGGUUGACAACAGCCACUGGCUCAACGUGGAGUAUAUCCUGCACGAACUUGUAGCCCGGGGCCAUGAGGUGACUGUGCUGCUGCCUUCGUGCUUCCUUAUCCUCAAUGGCACCCAGCCCUCACCUUUCCAGUUUGAGAUGAUUGAGGUGCCAAUCAGCAAAAGUGAGAUGGCUGCCGCAAUGGAUGAAGGUUUCUAUUUUUGGUUCUAUGAGGAGAGAAGGUUACCUUUCUGGGAAAGUCUUUACAAGAUGAUUGAUCUGCUACGCAAGUUUGAGAAUAUAACCAGAACCAUUUGCGAUGCAGUUUUGAAGGACAAGGUGCUGCUGGAAAGGCUGAGGACAUCUGCCUUUGAUGUCCUCCUGGCAGACCCACUGAUGCCCAGCGGGGAGCUGUUUGCAGAGAAGCUGGGUAUCCCUUUGGUGUACACCAUCCGGUUCUCCAUGGGCAACACUGUGGAGCGGCUCUGCGGGGGGCUCCCAGCACCUCCUUCCUACGUGCCAGCCAGCCUAAGCUCCCUAACAGACAAGAUGACCUUCACAGAGAGGCUAAAAAACAUGUUCUCCUAUGCUCUGCAGGACCUCGCAUACCAUUACGUUCUCUGGGGACAUUGGAAUCAAUUCUACAGUGAUAUUUUAGGAAGGCCCACAACACUGUGUGAGACGAUGGGGAAAGCAGAGAUAUGGCUAAUCAGAACAUACUGGGAUUUUGAAUUUCCUCGCCCUUUCCUGCCCAACUUUGAGUUUGUUGGAGGACUUCACUGCCAGCCUGCAAAGCCACUGCCAAAGGAAAUCGAAGAAUUUGUUCAGAGUUCAGGGGAACAUGGCAUUGUGGUAUUUUCUCUCGGGUCAAUGGUCUACAACCUAACCAGUGAAAGAAGUAAUGUGAUUGCCAGAGCCCUCAGCCAGCUUCCACAAAAUGUCCUCUGGCGAUACAAAGGUAAAAAACCAGAAGCUCUUGGCUCCAACACCAGGAUUUAUGACUGGAUACCCCAAAAUGACCUGCUUGGCCAUCCCUUGGCAAAGGCCUUCAUUACUCAUGGUGGGACCAAUGGGAUCUAUGAAGCUAUUUACCAUGGAAUCCCAAUGGUUGGGAUUCCCAUGUUUGCUGACCAGCAUGACAACGUUGCUCACAUGAGGGCAAAAGGAGCUGCAGUUGAGCUGGAUUUCAGCACACUGACGACACAGAAUCUAGUUGAUGCAGUGAAUACAGUCAUUAACAAUUCUACCUACAAGGAAAGUGUUUUAAAGUUAUCCAAGAUACACCACGACCAGCCAAUUAAGCCUCUGGACAGAGCUGUCUUCUGGAUUGAAUUUGUCAUGCGUCACAAAGGAGCAAAGCACUUGAGACCAGCUGCUCACCAUCUUACCUGGUACCAGUACCACUGCCUGGAUGUUCUGGCAUUCUUGUUCAUCUGUGCAGCCAUUGCUGGCUUCAUUCUUGUCAAGUGCUGCAUGUUUUGCUGUAGAAAAUGUGGUAGGGUCACAAAGAAAAAGAAAGAAUAGAUACAUUGAUCCCAUCAGCAGUGUUUCUUCUCAUACACUGCUUCACAGAAUGGCCCAGGCUGGAAAGGAUCUCCAACCCCCCUGCCACAGGCAGGGCCAUCAACCUCCCCAUUUAAUACUAGACCAGGCUGCCCAGGGCCCCAUCCAACCUGACCUUGAACACUUCCAGGGACAGGGCAUCCACAACCUCUCUGGGCAGCCUGUUCCAGCACCUCACCACUCUCAUAGUAAAGAACUUCCUCAACAUCCAACCUAAAUCUUCCCUCCCUCAACUUAAAACCAUUUCCCCUUGUCCUGUUGUUAUCUACCCUUUCAAAGAGCUGACUCCCCUCCUGUUUAUAGGCUCCCUUUAGGUACUGAAAGGCUGCAAUUAGGUCACCCGGCAACCUUCUUUCCUCCGGGCUGAACAAGCCCAGCUCCCUCAGCCUGUCUUCGUAGGGGAGGUGCUCCAGCCUUCUGAUCAUCUUUGUGCCCCUCCUCUGGAUCCUCUCCAACAGCUCCCUGUCUUUCUUGUAAUGGGGGCUCCAGACCUGGACACAGUACUCCAGAAAGGGCCCCACAAGAGCAGAGAAGGACAACCACCUCUCUGUCCUUGCUGGCCACCCCUCUUCUGAUGGAGCCUAGGAUACCAUUUGUUUUCUAAGCUGCAAGAGCACACUGCUGGCUCAUGUUAAGUUUUUCAUCCAUCAGAACCCCCAGGUCCUUCUCUGCGGGGCUAAAUGGUUUACUGCUUCAGUAAAGCAUUUUUACAUAUUCCUUGGUAAAUACAAUUAUUAGGACAUGCUUUAAGCUACGUGUAUCAUGAAGCACCUCACUGAACUGGGUUGUGCUAUAAAAGCAGUUAGAGAGCUGCUUGCUAAGCCAGCAAAUUACUUUUGGCCUCUCUAACACUGAAUGAUAGCUGCUUAACUCCUUGGGAAACUGAUAGCCAAUCACACUGUAUUCCUAGAAUGGUAAUUGCUGCUCUAACUUUUCAAAUUCAGUUUGGCAUUCUUUUUAAAUUCAGCCCUCCUGCAUGUCAUCCAGUGGUCCUGCAAUUGGUUUCUUAGCCUAGCUCUGUCCUCCCCCAUAAAGUCACCUACACUUGAUGAUUCAAAACCAAAACACCUCUCCUGUCAGUAUAGCUUCUUCCAGAUUGAACAGUGAAGCUCCUAAAAAACACCCAACUGAAAGGCUAACAUCAUGAAAGACUGAGAAUUGCCAGAGUCUGGUAAAGCUUGUGUCAUCACUUUCUACAAAUGCACUACUUAGCGGUAUAGGGGAGAUCAGAGCUCAUCUGAGUCCUGAAACCAGUAGAGAAACUGCUUACUUUCCUCUGGGAACCACUCCUUUUUCCCAUCCAGUAUGCUUUCACAACACCGCAAGUGUGCAAAAAUAGCCUAUAUCCGUCAGUAACCUGCUCAUGUUAACUCCCAAAUCCUGUGAGCCAUAGUAACUGAUAAAUCCAGAAAAACCUAGAGGUAGAACUUAUAAAGUAGUCAUGUCACACAUGGGAACAACACAAUAGUUACUUGCCUUGUCUGAAGUACUGGUGGGAAAAUAAUGCUGCCCAUGGCUCAGACAGUGAUGUUAAAUGUUGCACUACUGAAACUAUUUAAGGAGACCUUACUGAUGAAAACUGAUGCUAGCUCAGGCCUCCUGUUGAAGGUAAGGCUAUUUGACUAUUAUGCCAACAUACUUGAAGAAUGUGCCCCAAUUUUAACUGAUGUUUGUUGUAUUCUGGAUGUUGCAGAUUUGUUUUCAGACUGAGAAAACAUUAUCUUUGUUUACAUAAUAAAAUUCCCCUCAAUAUA